AUUUAUGCCACCUGCAGCAUCAUUCUAGAAUCCUUUUCUGCUUCCACUUUAUGCGCCUAUUUUAUUUAUGUUGUGCUUGAUUCUGGAAUUAAAUCACCACGUUAUCUUUUAGUUUUCAAGUGAAUAUUUGCCUCCUGAUUGCCAAUGGUGGACAGGCAGCAUCAUUAUCCCAUGCCGGGUGCAGAGAGGAGGACCGUGUUUUUGCUUGGCUGUUUCCUAGUAGUUUUGGGAUGCUCUGCUGGACAACAGGUCUUCAAUGCGGAGUCCAGACUAGGACCCCAGGAUGCAAAGGAUGGAUCUGUUCUUCAUAGCAGGACUCGCAGGAGGGGAACCCAGUACACUUUGCAUGGGCCAAAUGUGUGCGGAUCUAGAUUCCAUUCUUAUUGCUGCCCUGGAUGGAAAACGCUCCCUGGAGGAAAUCAGUGCAUUGUCCCAAUUUGUAGAAACAGCUGUGAUGAAGGAUUUUGUUCCCGUCCAAACAUGUGUACAUGCUCUAAUGGACAAGUAGCACCGAACUGUGCAUCAAAAACCGUCCCUCAGUGUGGCAUUCGAUGCAUGAAUGGAGGAACAUGUGUAGAAGAUCACUGUCGAUGUCCAAAAGGUUAUUCUGGAGCACACUGUGGUCAACCUGUCUGCGAAAAUGCUUGCCAGAACGGAGGUCGUUGUAUUGGACCUAAUCGGUGUGCCUGUGUGUAUGGAUUUACUGGGCCUCAAUGUGAGAGAGACUACAGAACAGGACCCUGCUUUACUCAAAUCACCAAUCAGAUGUGUCAGGGUCAGGUGACUGGUAUCGUCUGCACAAAAACUCUCUGCUGUGCAACCAUCGGACGUGCUUGGGGGCACCCAUGUGAGAUGUGCCCUGCUCAGCCACAACCUUGCCGCCGUGGCUUCAUUCCCAACAUACGCAGUGGAGCCUGCCAAGAUGUUGAUGAAUGCCAAGCAAUUCCAGGACUGUGCCAAGGAGGAACCUGCAUCAACACAGAUGGUUCUUAUGAAUGUAGAUGUCCUGUUGGUCAUAAGCAGAGUGAGACAUCUCAGAAAUGUGAAGACAUUGAUGAAUGCAGCACUAUUCCUGGUAUUUGUAACGGAGGAGAAUGUUCCAACACGAUUGGUAGCUAUUACUGUAUUUGUCCUCGUGGAUAUCUCACAUCUGUUGAUGGCUUGCAUUGCAUCGAUCAGAGGUCAGGUACGUGCUUCUCCAGUCUUGUGAAUGGGCGCUGCGCACAAGAGCUGUCAGGCAGAUUUACCAAAAUGCAAUGCUGUUGUGAAGCUGGUCGAUGUUGGGCUUUGGGAUCUAUUCCCGAACUGUGUCCAGUCAGAGGUUCAGAUGAAUACCGGAGGCUUUGCAUUGAUGGGGUUCCAUUCGGGGGUCCCAGAAUAGAUGGCCCAGGAGGAUUUGGACCAAAUGUGUUUGGACCUGGUGGAAAUGGAUAUAUUCCAUUACCUGGUGGAAAUGGAUUUUAUCCCAGUGUAGGUGGAACAGGAAUUGAUGGAACUGGUACUGGAACAGGAGGAGCAACAUUAAAUCAGACAAUAGAUAUAUGCAAGCAAUACCCAAAUCUUUGCUUAAAUGGACGGUGUAUACCUAACCUUAACAGUUACCGAUGUGAAUGCAACAUGGGAUACAAGCAAGAUACUCACACAGAAUGUAAUGAUGUUGAUGAGUGUACAUCAAACCCAUGUACUAAUGGAGAUUGUGUUAAUACACCUGGAUCCUAUUAUUGUAAGUGCCAUUCUGGCUUUCAGAGGACUCCUACCAAGCAGGCAUGUAUUGAUAUUGAUGAAUGUAUUCAAAAUGGCAUCCUAUGCAAAAAUGGAAGAUGUGUUAACACAGAGGGGAGCUUUCAGUGUAUUUGCAAUGCUGGUUUUGAGCUAACUGCUGAUGGAAAGAACUGUGCAGAUCAUGAUGAAUGUGCAACUACAAAUAUGUGUUUAAAUGGGAUGUGUAUAAAUGAAGAUGGCAGCUUCAAGUGCAUCUGUAAACCAGGAUUUGUACUUGCAGCCAGUGGUCGUUACUGUACCGAUGUUGACGAGUGUCUUACUCCAGGCAUUUGCAUGAAUGGCCAUUGUAUUAAUACGGAAGGGUCUUUCCGCUGUGAAUGUCCACCAGGGUUGGCUGUUGGGGUAGAUGGUCGUGUUUGUGUGGACACACACAUGCGUAGCACUUGCUAUGGAGCCAUCAAAAAAGGACUUUGUGUCCGCCCAUUUCCUGGAGCUGUGACCAAAUCUGAGUGUUGCUGUGCCAAUCCAGACUAUGGAUUUGGAGAACCAUGCUAUCCGUGCCCUCCACGAAACUCUGCUGAAUUUCAAGGUUUGUGCAGCAGCGGAAUUGGCAUCACAGUGGAUGGAAGAGACAUCAAUGAAUGUGCUCUGGACCCUGACAUCUGUUCCAAUGGCAUUUGUGAAAACCUACGUGGAGGAUUCCGUUGUAACUGCAAUAGUGGCUAUGAAUCAGAUUCCUCUGGGAGAAGCUGCAUUGACAUUGAUGAAUGUUUGGUUAACAGGCUGCUGUGUGACAAUGGUCUGUGCCGAAACACACCAGGAAGUUAUAGCUGUACAUGUCCCAAGGGUUACUUAUUCAGGACUGACACUGAAACCUGCGAAGAUGUAAAUGAAUGUGAAAGCUCCCCAUGUGUUAAUGGUGCAUGUAGGAAUAUUUUUGGCUCUUUUCACUGUGAGUGCUAUCCUGGAAGUAAACUGGAUUCCACAGGCCUCAUUUGCAUAGAUAGCCUUAAAGGAACCUGUUGGCUGAAUAUCCAAGAUGGUCGCUGUGAAGUCAAUAUAAAUGGAGCAACGCUCAAGUCAGAAUGUUGUGCUUCUCUAGGCGCUGCAUGGGGCAGUCCUUGUGAGAGAUGUGAAAUUGAUACUGCUUGUCCCAGGGGAUAUGCCAGAGUCAAAGGAGUUUCAUGUGAAGAUGUCAAUGAGUGUGAAGUGUUUCCAGGAGUAUGCCCCAAUGGAAUCUGUCGAAAUUCUAAAGGAUCUUUUAGCUGCGAGUGUCCUGAAGGGUUCACCCUGGAUGGUACAGGCAGAAUCUGCCUAGAUCUACGUAUGGAGCAGUGUUUCCUAAAAUGGGAUGAAGAUGAAUGUGUCCAGCCAGUUCCUGGCAGGUUCCGUCUGGAUGCCUGCUGCUGUACAGUUGGAGCUGCCUGGGGUGCAGAGUGUGGGGAGUGCCCUAAACCUGGUACCCCUGAAUAUGAAAUCUUAUGUCCUAGGGGGCCAGGAUUUACCAACAGAGGAGAUGUUCUAUCAGGGAGACCAUUUUACAAAGAUAUAAAUGAGUGUAAAGCCUUCUCUGGGAUAUGCACCAAUGGAAAAUGCAGAAAUACAAUUGGAAGUUUUAAGUGCAAAUGCAACAAUGGAUUUGCAUUGGAUGCAGAAGAAAGAAAUUGUACAGACAUUGAUGAGUGCCGGAUCUCCCCUGAUUUAUGUGGGAGUGGUACUUGCGUCAAUACGCCUGGCAGCUUUGAAUGCGAGUGCUUUGAAGGCUUUGAAAGUGGCUUCAUGAUGAUGAAGAACUGUAUGGACAUAGAUGAAUGUGAACGGAACCCACUGCUGUGCAGAGGAGGAGAUUGUGUGAACACUGAGGGUAGUUUUCUGUGCAACUGUCCCCCUGGACAUGAGCUCACUCUAUCAGGGGACGCCUGUAUAGAUAUCAAUGAGUGUUCCCUCAGUGACAAUCUAUGCAGAAAUGGAAAAUGUGUGAAUUUAAUUGGCUCAUACCAGUGCGCUUGUAACCCAGGGUACCAAUCCACUCCAGACAGGCUAGGCUGCAUUGAUAUUGAUGAGUGUAAAAUAAUGAAUGGAGGGUGCGACAGCCACUGUGAAAACUCAGAAGGCAGCUAUAAAUGCAGUUGUCUUGAUGGCUAUGCUUUACUGCCAGACGGAAGAACCUGUGGAGAUAUUGAUGAGUGUGAAGAAAAUCCAGAAAUCUGUGAUGGAGGACAGUGUACAAACAUCCCAGGAGAGUACCGCUGUCUCUGCUUUGAUGGGUUUAUGGCCAGCAUGGACAUGAAAACAUGCAUAGAUGUGAAUGAGUGUGACAUAAAUCCAAACAUCUGCAUGUUUGGUGAAUGUGAAAAUACGAAAGGAUCAUUUGUAUGUCACUGUCAGGUUGGGUAUUCAGUGAAAAAAGGAACAACUGGAUGUACAGAUGUGGAUGAAUGUGAAAUUGGUGCUCACAACUGUGACCUGCAUGCCACAUGUCUUAAUGUACCUGGGAGCUUUAAGUGUUCUUGUAAGGAAGGCUGGGUCGGCAACGGAAUCAUAUGUAAUGACCUUGACGAAUGCCUGAAUGGAACUCACAGAUGCAGUAUCUCUGCCAACUGCCUAAACACCCCAGGAGCAUACCGAUGCGCCUGCAUUGAAGGAUACACUGGUGAUGGAUUUACAUGUACAGAUAUUGAUGAGUGUGCUGAAAAUAUUAAUCUUUGUGAGAAUGGCCAGUGCUUGAAUGUCCCAAGUUCCUAUCGAUGUGACUGUGAGAUGGGCUUCACUCCAGCUCCAGACAGCAAGUCUUGCCAGGAUAUCAAUGAAUGCUAUUUUGAGAAUAUCUGUGUGUUUGGCACUUGUCGGAAUCUUCCUGGCAUGUUCCAGUGUGUUUGUGAUGAUGGAUACGAGCUAGACCGCAGUGGAGGAAAUUGUACAGAUGUGGAUGAAUGUGCAGAUCCCAUCAACUGUGUUAAUGGCUUCUGUGUUAACACUCCUGGCAGAUAUGAGUGUAACUGCCCACCUGACUUCCAGCUGAACCCCACUGGAGUGGGCUGUGUGGAUACCAGAGUGGGCAACUGUUACCUCAAUCAUGGACCUCGUGGGGAUGGUACCAUAUCCUGUAGCACAGAGAUUGGAGUUGGUGUGAGCCGGUCUUCAUGCUGCUGUUCUCUUGGAAAGGCCUGGGGAAACCCAUGUGAAAUAUGCCCACCGGUUAACAGCUCUGAGUACAAUACAUUGUGCCCUGGAGGAGAAGGUUUCCGGCCCAAUCCUAUCACUAUUCUCUUAGAAGAUAUUGAUGAAUGCCAGGAGCUGCCAGGUCUGUGCCAAGGUGGUAACUGUAUAAAUACAUUUGGAAGUUUCCAGUGCGAGUGUCCACAAGGCUACUACCUCAGUGAAGAGACCCGCAUAUGCGAAGAUAUUGACGAAUGUGUCACAAACCCGGGGGUCUGUGGACCAGGAACUUGCUACAAUACAUUGGGAAACUUCACGUGUAUAUGCCCUCCAGAAUACAUGCAGGUCAAUGGUGGACAUAACUGUAUGGAUAUGAGGAAAAGUUAUUGCUACCGAACUUACAAUGGAACUAUGUGUGAGAAUGAGCUUCCCUUCAAUGUCACCAAGAAGUUGUGCUGCUGUACAUAUAACAUUGGUAAAGCCUGGAGUAAGCCAUGUGAGCCAUGCCCCACUCCUGGCACAGUUAAUUUCAGAAAUCUUUGUGGAUCAAUCCCUGGCUUUACCUUUGAUAUCCACACUGGAAAGGCUGUAGAUAUUGAUGAGUGCAAAGAGAUCCCAGGGAUCUGUGCAAAUGGAGUUUGCAUCAAUCAGAUUGGCAGCUUCCGCUGUGAAUGUCCAACUGGGUUUGCCUACAAUGAUCUGCUCCUCAUCUGUGAAGACAUUGAUGAGUGUACCAGUGGAGACUUCAUCUGCCAGAGAAAUGCAGAUUGCUUAAACAGUCCUGGGAGUUACCGCUGUGAGUGUUCUGCUGGAUUCAAGCUCCUACCCAAUGGAGCCUGCAUCGAUCGCAAUGAAUGCCUGGAAAUUCCCAAUGUCUGUAGUCACGGCACAUGUGAGGACACACUGGGCAGUUAUCGCUGCAUAUGUAACAACGGCUUUAAGGCAUCUCCGGAGAGGACUAUGUGUAUGGAUAUUGAUGAAUGCGAGCGCCAGCCAUGUGGAAACGGAACUUGUAAAAACACUGUAGGAUCAUAUAACUGUCUCUGCUAUCCUGGAUUCGAACUCACUCAUAAUAAUGACUGUAUGGACAUUGAUGAGUGCACCUUCUUUGCUGGCCAAGUAUGCAGAAAUGGGCGUUGCUUCAAUGACAUUGGUUCUUUCAUCUGUUUAUGUAAUGAAGGAUUUGAACUCACUGUAGAUGGAAAGAAUUGCAUUGAUAUUAAUGAAUGCAUUGCUUAUCCUGGCUCUUGUACUCCUGGUACUUGUCAGAAUUUAGAAGGCUCAUUCAGAUGUAUUUGUCCUGUGGGAUAUUCAGUUGAAGGUGAUAACUGCUUAGAUAUCGAUGAGUGCACAGAGGAACCCAAUAUUUGCCUUUUUGGCACCUGUGCGAACACCCCAGGAAGCUUUCAAUGCAUCUGCCCACCAGGAUUUGUUUUAUCAGAUAAUGGGAGAAGAUGUUAUGAUACUCGUCAAAGCUUCUGUUUCACCAAAUUUGAGAAUGGAAAAUGUUCAGUACCCAAAGCAUAUAACAGCACCAAAGCAUCCUGCUGCUGUAGCAAAAUGCCUGGAGAGGGCUGGGGUGAUCCUUGUGAACUGUGCCCCAAGGAAGGAGAAGUGGCUUUCCCAGAUUUAUGUCCAUUUGGGCAUGGCACUAUCCCAGGUAUUGGAGACACAAGGGAAGAUGUCAAUGAAUGCUUAGAAAAUCCAGGAAUAUGUGCAAAUGGUCAUUGUAUAAAUACAGAUGGAUCUUUUCGAUGUGAGUGUCCGAUGGGUUAUAAUCUGGACUACUCUGGAGUCACCUGUGUGGAUACUGAUGAAUGCUCUAUUGGUAACCCAUGUGGUAAUGGAACAUGCACUAAUGUCAUUGGUACUUUUGAAUGCUCCUGUGAUGAAGGCUUUGAGCCUGGGCCAAUGAUGAAUUGUGAAGAUAUCAAUGAAUGUGCCCUAAAUCCACUGAUAUGUGCAUUCAGAUGCAUUAACACUUAUGGUUCCUAUGAAUGUACAUGCCCUGUGGGCUACACUCUUAGAGAGGAUCAGAAGAUGUGUAAAGACCUAGAUGAGUGCUUAGAGGGUUUCCAUGACUGUGAAUCCAGAGGAAUGCUUUGUAAAAACCUGAUCGGGACAUUUAUGUGUAUUUGCCCUCCUGGAAUGAUGAGGCGACCAGACGGAGAAGGAUGCAUUGAUGAAAACGAAUGUCGCAGCAAGCCCGGAAUCUGUGAGAAUGGCCGUUGUGUCAAUACUAUUGGAAGCUACCACUGUGACUGUAAUGAAGGGUUUCAGUCAUCUGUCACUGGAACUGAAUGUCUUGAUACACGCCAGGGAUUCUGUUUCUCUGAAGUUCUGCAAACAAUGUGUCAGAUGUCAUCCAGCAGUCGAAACCAUGUCACUAAAUCUGAAUGUUGCUGCAAUGGAGGCAGGGGCUGGGGCAACCAGUGUGAGAUUUGCCCACUGCCAGGUACAGUUCAGUAUAGGAAGCUCUGUCCACAUGGACCAGGAUACACCACUGAUGGCAGGGACAUAGAUGAAUGUAAAGUGAUGCCAAACCUCUGUCAGAAUGGGCAAUGUGUCAACAAUAUUGGCUCCUAUAAAUGCUUUUGCAAUCAUGGCUACACAACUGACAUUGGGGGCACAUCAUGUGUUGACCUUGAUGAGUGUUCCCAGUCCCCCAAGCCAUGUAAUUUUAUUUGUAAGAACACAGAAGGCAGCUUCCAGUGUUCGUGUCUUCGAGGAUACAUUCUACAAGAAGAUGGGAAGACCUGCAAAGAUCUUGAUGAAUGUCAAACCAAACAACACAACUGCCAGUUUCUCUGUGUCAACAUUGUUGGGAGUUUCAACUGUAAAUGUCCCUCAGGCUUUACCCAGCAUCACACCGCAUGCCUUGAUAAUAAUGAAUGUACACAGCCCAGCAUUUGUGGUUCUAAAGGAGAAUGCCAAAAUUCACCUGGCAGCUUUACAUGUCAGUGUCAAAGAGGAUUUUCCUUGGAUUCAACUGGCGCAAACUGCGAUGAUGUUGAUGAGUGUGAUGGAAAUCACAGAUGCCAACAUGGAUGCCAAAAUAUAGUUGGUAGCUAUCGAUGUAGCUGCCCUCAGGGUUAUGUUCAACACUACCAAUGGAACCAGUGUGUUGAUGAAAAUGAGUGCACCACACAGAACACAUGUGGUUCUGCUUCAUGUUACAACACACUUGGCAGCUACAAAUGUGCUUGUCCACCUGGAUUUGCUUUUGACCAGUUUUCAGCAUCCUGUCAGGAUGUGAAUGAAUGUACAUCAAAGAAUCCUUGUAAUUAUGGCUGCUCCAACACUGAUGGCGGCUACCUCUGCGGAUGCCCCCCUGGAUACUACCGAGCCGGACAAGGGCAUUGUGUCUCCAGCAUGGGAUUCAACAGAGGCCAAUAUCUAUCUGCUGCUAGAGAGGAAAGUGAGGAGAAUGCUCUUUCUCCAGAAGCAUGCUAUGAAUGUAAGAUCAAUGGUUACCCAAAGAAAUCUGGAAGGUCCAAGAGAAGUUCUAAUGAUACACAACCUCUAAUGGAUGAAGAGAUAAGUCUGAAGAGUCUAGAUAUAGAGGAGCCACUGAAGAUUAAGAUAAACAUCUCUGAGCUCAAUACAAAGAACCACAUCCUGGAAAUUGUUCCUGCAAUCCAACCUCUUAACAACCAUGUACGCUAUGUUAUAUCUCAAGGCAAUAACACCAUCUUCCGCAUUAACCAAAGGGAUGGACUCAGUUACCUCCAUGCAACUCAUAACAAUAUUCAGCCAGGAACUUACACACUUGGUAUAAUCAGCAUUUCUCUAUUUAAGAAAAGUGACUUUAUUAAACUGGAAGAGAAACAUGACGACAACUACCUCCAAGGAGAGCUGGGGGAAACGCUCAGAAUGAGACUACAGAUAGACAUCUCUUAAACUAAAGAACACAUUCAAACUCAGAGCAGAACAACCACAUUUGGUCGUUUAUUUAUCCAACUGAGCAUGUGUUCAUAUUGAAAGUUUUAAGGAGGAAGUGACUGAUUUUAAUGGACCACUCUUUUUUUGUCUCACCCCUUCACAGUGACUGUUUCAGGAAAAAAAAUUGUGGUAAUGUUUUACAUUUUUUUUUAAUGAAAAAGCCAGCUUUGGUUAUAGUAAUUUAAAUAUAUUGUAGCCUCAAAUAAUGAAACGUGCACAGCUGUAAAGAAAUUGUAUAUACAGAUAAAUUCCAAGUUAUUGUAACAGUUGUUUUUG